AUGUUACGAAGCCUUUGCAACAUGUCGAGCAAUAUUCAAAAGGGUGCCACUUUCCAGCCGCCUCAGGCGAGCCAGAGCCAGCAGCAAAAGCCUGGAUUGGAACAGAAGAUGGCACCGGCCAGCGAAGUCACCAAGCUCGACGGAAGCGAAGGACUGGUCGAAUAUGUUGGUGCGAAUAAGCUCAAAGGAAAAAAAGUCCUUAUCACUGGUGGCGACUCGGGAAUUGGCCGAUCAGUCGCAGUCCUAAUGGCGCGAGAAGGCGCUGAUAUUUCGAUUGUCUAUCUGCCACAAGAGCAAAGCGACGCGGAGGAUACAAAAAAGAUGGUUGAAGCGGAAAACCAGAAAUGUCUUCUUAUUCCUGGAGAUCUCAGGAAAUAUGAUUUCUGUCGACACGCAGUCGAUGAACACGUCAAGCAACACGGAGGCCUCAAUGUGCUCGUCAACAACGCCUCGAAGCAGUUUUCCUGCAAAGACUUUGCCCAGAUCGACUUGGAGAAAGUCGAAGAUGUCUUCCAGUCAAAUAUUCUGCAGAUGAUUGCCAUCACGAAAUACGCUCUUCCGCACUUGUCCAAGGGUGACUCGAUCAUCAAUAAUACAUCCGUUGUUGCAUUCCGCGGAACGGCUGGUAUGGUCGACUACGCCGCCACGAAGGGAGCUAUUGUUGGCUUUACGCGAUCACUGGCGCAACAACUCAUGCCGAAGGGUAUCCGUGUUAACGCUGUUGCUCCCGGUGUGAUCUACACCCCAAUUCAGGCCGAUACUCGCGAUGAAAAGGGAAUGGAAAACUUAGGCGCACAAAAAGGCCUCGGUCGUCCUGGUCAAGCUAGUGAAGUCGCUACAAGUUUUGUUUUCUUGGCAAGCAACGAUGCCUCGUUCUACUAUGGGCAGAUCAUGCACUGCUACCCGCUAGGAGACUAA